CAUUGGGAUCUAUCAUUAUUAUGACAAGAAGGAACCAGAGUCACAAAUGAACUUUGGUUACUUAUAUGAGAAGCAACAGCUAGCAGAAUCUCGAGAUUAUCCUUGGGUACUUAAGAACAAACGUCCAGAAAAGCUGCGUGACACACUUAAGGAGCUAGAGGAACUGAUGCAAAACAGUCAGUGUGUGCUGAGCAAAUGGAAGAACAAAUAUGUCUGUCAGCUUCUCUUCCAUUCAGGUGUACUGGUAUCCCUAAGCCUUUCUGGGCCACAGCUGGAGCGAGUGGUGAUUGACAGAACCCUGAUGGGGAAGCUCAUCUCCGACACUAUCAGCGAUGCUGUUCUCACAGACAGUUUCAUGAUCUUGUCAUUUUGGGAGCAAAGCAAACUCUGUUUCAUUCAGUUCACAAAGAAGGCAAAUUCUACUGAUGUAAACAAAAAGCUUGAAAAACUCUCAUCCUUGGACUUUAAGAUAUCUUAUGUUGACAUACCAGGAGUACGGAGUAGAAGAAUGAAGCAUCAUUUGGCAAUAAAUACUAUACAGGAUAUGGUUAUUUGCUGGUGGUCAGUGGCAAAGGAUGAAGUAUGGCCUUGGUCUCCUGUUUCUAGUGAAAGAGAGACAGCCAACUUACUGCUCUUGAGAUGUGAACAUGGCAAAUUGGAGGUUCUGAGUUACGUACGUACAGAUGGGGAUCCACUUGAUGCCAGCUUUAGCCUGUGUCAGCCUUAUCAGAUUCAUACUGUAGAACACUCUUUCAGUGCAGAACAAGAGCCUAUGGCUGAAAGCUGCAUCUACGAAUGUGUUAGGAAUAAAAUUCAGUGUGUGGCAAUCACCAAAAUACCACUAAUAUCAAAGGCCAUCAGCUGCUGCUGGAACCUUACAGAAGAUAAACUUGUUCUGGGAUGUGAAGAUUCUUCAAUAGUUUUAUAUGAAGUCUACCGUCAAGUAAUUCUAUUAGCACAAGCAGCACUGUUGCCUGCCUUAAUGUGUUGCCACCCCAGCGGAGCCAUAAUCCUGGUUGGAAGUUCACAAGGUGAGCUACAACUGUUCGACAUGGCACUGUCUCCAAUUAAAAUGCAGCUUUUAGCUGAAGACAUCUCACCCAAAUCAACUCUACAAUUCAGUGAAAAAAUCGAUGUAUCCAGCAGUCUCACCCAGAUCCAGUGGGCUGCCCCACAAGUUACAUAUCAAAGCAUGGAUGAUACGGAUAUCCAUAAUCUUCUCUUACUUAGGUUUGAUAAAGGACCUAUUGGAGUGCUUCAUUUUAAAAUGGGUGUUGUCCCAAGAGGCCAGCUUGGCUGUGUGGAAAUCAUCCAGGAGUAUAUUCAUCAGGAUGAGAUGCAUGAGGCCAUUAAUAUAUUGGGUGGCAUGAACUGGAACACAGUCGGUCAUCAAUGCUGUGUAAGCCUAAGUGCCAUAGUGAACUACCUUCUCAGACAGAAGCUGACACCGGCAAGAGAAGCACAGCUUGAGGCAAGCCUUGGGACCUUCUAUGCACCAACAAGGCCUCUCUCUGAGACAACUGUGUUGGAAUACCGGGACCAGAUCAGCAGAUAUACGAGACGAUUCUUCCACCACCUGCUCAGGCAUCAAAGAUUUGAAAAGGCCUUUCUGCUUGCUGUUGAUAUAGGUGCCCGUGACUUAUUUAUGGACAUCCAUUACUUUGCGCUAGAUAAGGGUGAAUUGGCACUAGCUGAAGUGGCAAAGAAAAAAGCUAGCGACAUUGACACAGAAUCAAUAACUACUGGAGUUGAGAUUCCAGGACAUAUAGAUGGAGAAGACGUCUUAAGUGAAACGUUUGUGGACCAGACUAUGUUGCCACAAGAGAAACAGAAAAUCCAAGGCAGUCUCCCAUCUUCCAGCAAAAAUGUUCCACGUUUCUCACACAUGACAUGCAACAGCUCUACUAGGGCGGCAGACAAAACGGAAAGUCAAUUUGUAGCAGAAAUUUACACUGCACCACAGAUGGAUAAACCUGCCUCUUGGUGUCAGACAGAAACAUCUGAGGAAACACAUGACGGACAGGAAAUCAAUUUAAACAGCUCUGUCCAAGUAGUGCAUUUCGGUCUUGUAUAAGACAGAAAUGUUAAUACUUAAGCCUUGAAAGAGAGAGAAGGUCCUGGGUACACAUCACCUUUCAGCUAUCUCAGAUUCAGUCAGUUAUGAAAUCAUAUUCAAGUAGUUCAUCAGAAAAUGUCAAGCACUUUUAGUCCGUUAUUUCUAUGGGAGAAAGUUAAGUAAAGGAAUUUAAACAUGCUCAACUUUGACUGGAUCAGUCCAUUAUUUUUAAACAUGGCCCCUUCCUGAAACCCAUUUAGACUGCACACAGGGUUUCAUCCUUACUGUGUUCCUCUGCACAAUCCACAGGAAAGCACCAGAGCAGAUCAUGUGACCACUAAACACAGAGCUGUUCCACAUCAGCAUUGCAUAUUAAUGACACUUCAACGGUUCUUCUAUUCAGUUUCCACUCAUUACACUGGGACUUGGAUGGAGCACAUCUCACAAGCCCAUUUUAAAUUCAUGGAGGUUACCCAGCAGUACUAGUUAAAGCAUUUCUUUAAAAGGCCAUAAAAUAGUUCUAGGUGCGUCUUUUA